AUGUGGUUCGUAGUUUUUCACUUACCCCCUGGACUUAUCCUUAUCCCCGAGUUCAUAUCACUGGCAGAAGAGAGAGAACUACUUAGUUACUUCACUUCUUCUACAUCUAGGCCUAGUUCAGUGGUUUCUCACUUAAACGAUACAGUUCCAAAUGGUAUUGCGGCAGAGGACCCCAAAGAUUUAGAAAUAAGCUUUUCUGAGCCAAGUACGACUCUUGCUAUGGUGUCCACACCAAUCCUCCCCGUUUCAUCAACUCUAAAACAUCGUAGUGUUAGACACUAUGGCUAUGAGUUUAUCUAUGGUAGAAAUACAGUUGAUCCCGACCUGCCUCUGCCUGGUGGACUCCCUGAUGUGUGCACCCCUCUACUUGAAAAGAUGACUAGUCAAGAGUUGCUCCAAUGGAUGCCUGACCAACUCACUGUCAAUGACUAUCUCCCUGGAGCAGGUAUUCCACCUCACGUUGAUACGCACUCUCCAUUCGAGGACAGAAUUGCGUCUCUCAGUCUCGGGUCACAGGUGGUGAUGGACUUCAGGCAUCCAAAUGGGAGAAAAGUGGCAGUGUUUCUGCCGAGGAGGAGCCUUCUGGUAAUGACAGAAGAAUCGCGAUAUCUCUGGAGCCAUGGAAUCACUCCAAGAAAGUCAGAUGAGGUCCACUGUCACAUGCCCGGAUAUCAGGAAACAUCAUCAAAUCCUACCCAGCAAUCGUUUACCAUUAUCCCACGAGGCAGAAGAGUUUCCCUUACCUUUCGUAAGGUGAAGCGCUCUCCGUGUGCCUGCAGUUUUCACGAGUUGGCGUAUGACCUGCUGAAGAGAUGUGUAGCUGGAGAGUUGGGAACCGACGAUGCAGCUGCUUUCUUUGCAGACCUCAACACGAACUUGGGAAGUCCGGAGACUUUUCCAUCUCAGUUGACCGACCUUCUCUCCGUUCUGGAUGCAGAUGUGUCGUGCAGUGAGAGCAAGGAGCAACAGACUACAUACAGAGCUCUAGUCAAGGCCUUCAGGCCGUUGCUAGGCGAUGCUCUACUGAAGGAGAGGCUCGACAUGGACACGCUGGAGAUGGUAGGUUUGGUGGUGUCCAAGGCCAACUUCAACCAGAGAUACGUCAAGACGAAGACGAAACUCUUCUACAAGCAGCAGAAGUUUAACCUGUUUCGGGAGGAGAGCGAGGGCUACUCAAAGUUGGUGUCUGAGCUGGGACACGAGAGGAGGCCAGUGGAAGCUGUACCUGCAAUCCUCGACAACAUCCGCUCUCUUAUCGGUCGGUUCAACUUGGAUCCGAACAGAGUCCUUGACGUCCUCAUGGAGGCGUGUUCCUGUUACCACGACGAUGCAGAGUUUUUCCUGGCCUUGUUGAGGGGUUACCCCUGCGAGCAGGCAACGUUCGUUAACAUCCUCGGCUUCAAAUUUCAGAGCUGCCAGAGCUCUGAGACGUCUGAGCACCUGUUUCGACUGGCUGCAGUACUCCUCCACGAAGGUCUGGUCUCCCUCACCGACCUCUACCCACACUUGAGUGUGAGCGACUCGACGCUGCGAGAAUUCUACGAGUCCUCUCUGGAAGACGCGCAGACGGCGGCCAAAAAAGCCAUGAUAGUCUCUCUCACCGAGAAGACCGAGGAGGAGAGACGUAAAGAGUCCGAGAUCGAGAAGGAGAAGCAGGAGUACCGUAAGAAGAUCUUGGACGCAGACACUAACCAGAAGUUGGGACUGCUCAUAGCGGCGAUAAGACUUGGAGAUUGGCCCACUGCAUCGUCCCUCAUCUCCCACCUCCCUCCCCUCCUCCCCUCCUGGUGCGGCGCCAUCUCCCAAGUCCUCUUCCAGCUGAUCCACUUCCUUCUGGACCCUCUCUACCGCAUGUACGCUCCGAAGGCCUCCAAAUCGUCUUCUCCCUCCUUAUCCCCUGAACUCUGCACCCCAUGUCACCAGUUCACCGAUCUCACUCCACACGUCUUCCAGAUGCUCUCCUGUGUUGGGCCCUCUCUGCACUCUGACCCCAUCCUCCUCACGAAACUGCUGAGACUCGGCCGCGCCUUCUUCAAGGAACACGGCGGUUGUCUUGGUCGCUCUACUGCACAGGACGACCCGCCUUCUCAAGAGAUAAUGGACGUGUUUCAUGGGUUUCUGACGGUGAUGGAUGAGGCCAUCCUUCCCUCCGUGUCCCUCCUCAGCUGUAACUGUGGAAUCUCGGAGGAGCUGUGGUCUAUGCUCAAACAGCUGCCCUACGAAAGGAGGUACGAACUGUAUGGGAGGUGGAAGAACAGAUCAUACGGUAUCUAUCCUGAACUGAUGGAGGCCAGAACACAGACCCUCUCACAGGGAAGAUACAUCAUGAAGCGGCUGACGAAAGACAACGUGAAGCCGUCCGGCAGAAUGAUCGGGAAACUGAGCCACAGUAACCCUGGAAUCAUAUUCGAAUACGUCUUGUCGCAGAUUCAGCGCUACGACAAUUUCAUAAUUCCGGUGGUGGAUGCACUGAAGUACCUGACUCCCAUGGCCUACGACGUGUUGGCAUAUGUGGUCAUAGAGGCGCUGGGACAUCCGCAGAAGGAGAGGUUGAAACACGAAGACACCAACAUCUCCAACUGGCUCCAAGGCCUGGCAAACUUCAGUGCUAAUGUGUUCAAAAAGUAUCCAAUAGAACUGACUGGACUGCUGCAGUAUGUAGCCAACCAACUGAAGGCCGCCAAGAGUUUUGACUUGUUGGUCCUGAAGGAAGUGGUGCAGAAGAUGUCGGGAAUUGAGAACUCGGAUGAAAUCACUCAGUCGCAGCUGGAGGCCUUGGCUGGUGGAGAACUACUCAAGGCUGAAGGAGCAUACUUCAGUCAAGUCCGGAACACCAAGAAAUCGUCCCACCGUCUUCGCGAGGCGUUGCUGGAGGCCGACCUCAGCCUACCUCUCUGUCUCCUCAUGGCGCAGCAGAGAGACGGCAUCAUCUACAGGGAGGGGGCCAACCGGCACUUGAAGCUUGUCUGCAACCUCUACGACAAUGUAACGAGAAUUUUAGGUAAUGCAAAAGUGAAAAUAUUGCAAACACUGUGUGUUUCGGCUGGCUUCCUCUCCACUCACCUCAACCCUGACGACUAUAACUACAAAGUUCCCCCACUCGACGUACUCGGACUAGAAUACCACGUCCCAGCCGACGCCGCCUUCUUCAUGCUCCGCCCACUGAUCAAGAGCUCCAUCAAUGAGAGUUUCGAGGCAGAAAAGGCAGAGAAAGACAAGGUGGGGCUGAGUAAACAGGCAAAGGCUUCUGCACAAGAGGCAAGCUACCACUGUGCGUGGUACUCAGUGCUGGACCCAGUGGUAGAGGCAGCACGUCAGCUGCACACACCGAAGGUCUGGGAAGACAUGUCUCCAAAACUAUACACCACUUUCUGGGUCCUCUCACUGUACGACCUCUACGUCCCGACCGGUCGCUACGAGGACGAAGUGAGGAAGGCACGCGAGGCCAUCAAGGACAUCGACGACAAGUCUGAUAUGACCUCCAGCAAGCGGAAGAAGGAGCAGGAGCGAAGUGUGGCUCUGAUAGAGAAGCUGCAGGAAGAGAAACAGAGACAGGAGGACAACCAUCGUCUCGUGAACAGCUGCAUCAAGCAGGAGAAAGACUCAUGGUUUACCGCCAAAGUGACAAAGAACCGGACCAUCACGCAGUUCUUGCAGCUGUGCAUCUUUCCGAGGUGUCGGUUCACAGCAACCGACGCCAUUUUCUGUGCCAAGUUCGUGUACAUGCUGCACACUCAACAGACUCCAAACUUCUCCACUCUCCUCUUUCUCGACCGAACUUUUUCUGAUAUUUCCUACUCUGUGGCUUGCUGUACUGAAAAUGAAGUCAGAAGAUAUGGGAGGUUUCUGGGGGCCAUAUUGGAGAUAGUCAGCAAAUGGCACGCAGCAGAGACACUUUAUGAACAGGAGUGUGCCCGUACCCCUGGGUUCAUCUCCAUGAUGCGCAGUUCCGCCGGAGGGGCAGAGAAGAUGCAGUACCUCGACUACGAGAACUAUCGCCACAUCACGUUCAAGUGGCACUUCAAGCUCACCAAGGCUCUGGUCGUUCUACUGGAGUCAAAAGACUACAUGCAGGUUCGCAACGGCCUGAUCGUCCUUACCAAAGUCUUGCCGUACUACCCCAAAGUCUACCACCUCUCAAUAGCGCUGGAAAAGAGAGUGGAGAAAAUCAUGGAGGAAGAGAAGGAAAAGAGAGCUGACUUGUAUGCUCUUGCCAUUGGGUAUGCUGGGAUGUUGAAGUUGCACAAGCAGAAUCUGGUUCCAGAAGCUGACUUCCACAUCCGUGAGGAGAGAGUGAAGGCGCAGAAGACGGAAGGAGAGGCAUCGACUUCGGCUAAACCGGCCUCUACUCCUGCCCCACCGACAGCUGCCACAGAGAAGACGACAAAGAAGGAGAAAGAGGCGACGAGGGAGAAGGGGGAGAAGGCUGCUGCCAGUAAACCGGAGGAGAAACCGCCGCAGAAGAUCACCAAAGUGAAGGGAGCACUCACGGCCACGGAGGCUAGGGCAGCAGCAGAAAAGGAGAAGAAGGAGCAGCUGGCAUCAACGAAGGAAAAAGGUGAAGAGAGUAAGAGCCCAGAGUCUGCUUCAGAGGCGGUGGCAGCUAGCGCCACUUCUGAGCUGCAACAACCGUCCACACCUAAUCCAGAGCUUCCCGCAGCAUCUGCAGCAAGACGAGAGGCAAAGACGGGCGGAAAUGGCGUCGCUGCUACCUCUUCUUCUGCGUCCAAGACGGCAAAGACGAAGACCAAGGAGGCUGUGUCGUCAACGGCGACGGCGGAGAACGGCGGGAACAACAACCAUCACCAGGUGAAGAAGUCAGCGAAGUCGAUGGGGAAAUCAACAGAGGAGGAGUCGGGAAGUGGCGACAGUAGCUCAGAGAAGAAGACCACUUCGAAAGGAUCGGGGAAAGCGAGAUGA